AUGCCGAACGAAGGUAUUCAAAAUCAGUUUCUAGCUUCAUGUGUAGAAAAAGUGCCAAAAAAGAGACGAUAUGGGGGCCCAACAGUGGAAAGUCGUAGAAAAUGUUCUAAAGAGUAUUUUCUUCCAGUAGAUGGAAAAAAAAUUCAAGUGUGUCAACAAUUUUUUCUAGCUACAUUGUCUAUUACUCAAAAGAAAAUUCGUUAUUUAGAUGAGAAUAAAACAGAGAUGAGGACAGCAAAACCAGAAAAUAGAGGACACAAGGAACCAAAAAAUAAAACUCCAAUUGAAGUAAUGCAAACGAUUGACAGUUUCAUUAAAUUGCUACCUGCUGUCCCCUCCCAUUAUUGUCGCGCGAAGAGCACAAAGCGUUAUUUACCAGUAGAAUUGAAAAACACGGUAAAUUUAUACAGAACUUACAAGCAGCACUGUAUAGAAAAUACUUAUAAAUUUGUCACUGAAAGGUUGUUUAGAGUAAUAUUUAAGCGUAACUACAACAUAGGUUUUCAUCUACCGAAAAAGGACAAGUGUUCCACGUGUGAAGGAGAAAAGAAUAAAAUGGAGAAAAAUUUGGACUUAAUGAAAGCUCACCUUAUUGAAAAAGAAGCCAGUAAGAAUUUACAUAAAAAAGAGCAAGAACGAGCAAAAGAAGAUCCUAGUUUUGGUGAACAAGAUGGCAAGAGAGGUGCAAAUGAGAUUUGUUCUAAUUUAUGUAAGUACUUAAAAAUUGUUGAUGACCGGCAAACAGUUAAGACAGUAUCUCUUAUUUUCGAUUCAUGCCCCGGUCAAAACAAAAACCACCAGGUCAUAAGUGCUAUUGUGUGGUUUCUUCUAGUCGUUGCUAAAAAUAUAGAAGACGUCUUCAUAACGUACCUUCUACCGGGGCAUACUUACAUGCCGGUGGAUUCUGUGCACGCCACUAUUCAAAAUAAAGUGAGGAUACAAGUUAUUUGGGCGCCCUCUGAAUGGCCCACUGUCAUACGGAAUUCUCGACAAGACAAACCGUAUAAUAUUAUAAAACUAAUGUACAAUGAAUUUAGCGACUUUAAAGUCUUACAAGCAUCAAUUUUUCCUGAUAAUAUCAAAUUUACUGAUUCUGGUGCGCCCAUUCAGUUUUGUAAAAUACGAAGAUUCGCUUUCAAAAAAGGAAGUGACAAAAUAAAACUACAUUAUUCAUUUCAAACUGAUGAUGAACCACAAAUUUUAACCUUACCCGAAAGGUUAACAUGUAGGAGUCAGCUAAACCAAAUGCCUCCCCAACUGUAUAGUACAGCACUACCACUUGCAACUGCAAAAAUUAAAGAUCUCCUUGCCCUGGUAAAUAAAUCAAUUAUCCCACCGAUGUAUAGAGCAGAAUACGAGUCGCUGAAACCUUUGGAUACUCUAUUAGAUGUAUUACCUGAAACCGAUGAAGAAGAUAAUUCGGCCGAUGAAAAUGUACAUGAUGCGUUGCCAAGAGUACCCAAAAAUACAAAAAAAUCACAAAAAUCCAAAAACAACCCAAAAGGAAACAAAAAAUCUACUAAAAUAUCUGCUAACAAUAAUAAAUAA